GGUGCUCAAAGUACCUGUAGCUGCGGCGCUGAAGUCGGAACGUCUGCGUGUGUGCGGGCUGCUUUUGUGGCGGCUGCUGCUAGAGCUGGAGCAUUUCCCGGGUUGGUGGCUCCUGCACAUUUUUACAGUUCUCCAGUCCUUCUGUUUCGUUUAAGGCAUCUUGGUUUUCACACUUGCUGAGGACUGUCCAGAGUAUUCCGGAUGGCUGGCGAUGGGAACUGUCUGAAGCAAAAAGUCUUCCCUGUGGCCUUCUUUCUUUCAGACUUAGAAAGAAGAUACCUGCAUGCACAUACUCUCAUUUAAAAAUUUUGGAUCUAGAAGAUCAAGCUUGGUGGCUUUUUAAAAAUAAUUUUUUUUAAUUCUAAAAAUAAUGUUUUUGUAUAAGAUUUGGAAAAUGUGGGCAACUGUGAUGUCCAUUUCUCCAUCUUCACUGCUCCAGUCCAAGCUGUCAUCUCCUAGUCCUGUAUAAUACAGGUUGAGCAUCCUUAAUCCGAAAAUCAGAAAUUUGAAAUUUUCCGGGAUCUGUAACUUUUUGAGUGCCAAGAUGAUGCUCAAAGGAAAUGCUCAUUGGAGCAUUUUGGAUUUUGGAUUUUCGGAUUAACGAUCCUCAACUAUCAGUAGAAAAGAUUAAACUCUACAGAAGAAUGCAAUCAAGUGAUGGCUUUUCCUUUAGAAUUUGAAUAUGGAGGCUACAGGAACAGAUGAAGUUGACAAGCUAAAAACCAAAUUUAUAUCUGCUUGGAACAACAUGAAAUAUAGUUGGGUGUUGAAAACAAAGACGUAUUUUAGUAGAAAUUCUCCUGUAUUAUUGCUUGGAAAAUGUUACCAUUUUAAAUAUGAAGAUGAAGAUAAAACGUUACCUGCAGGAUCGGGAUGUACAAUAGCGGAUCACGUAAUUGCAGGAAAUGUAGAAGAAUUUCGUAAAGAUUUCAUUUCUAGAAUAUGGCUGACCUACAGGGAAGAAUUCCCACAAAUAGAAGGCUCAGCUUUGACAACAGACUGUGGGUGGGGCUGCACAUUGAGAACUGGCCAGAUGCUCUUGGCUCAAGGACUCAUACUACACUUUCUUGGUAGAGCUUGGACCUGGCCUGAUGCUUUGAAUAUUGAAAAUUCAGACUCUGAAUCAUGGACUUCCCACACUGUCAAAAAAUUUACUGCAUCAUUUGAGGCAUCACUUUCAGGGGAAAGAGAACUCAAAACCCCAACAAUUUCUCUGAAGGAAACAAUUGGGAAAUACUCUGAUGAUCAUGAAAUACGAAAUGAAGUUUAUCAUAGGAAAAUCAUCUCUUGGUUUGGUGAUUCCCCCUUGGCUCCUUUUGGCUUACAUCAACUAAUAGAAUAUGGAAAGAAGUCUGGGAAAAAAGCAGGAGAUUGGUAUGGACCAGCUGUGGUUGCUCACAUUUUAAGAAAAGCAGUUGAAGAAGCAAGACACCCUGAUUUACAAGGAAUAACGAUUUAUGUUGCACAAGAUUGUACAGUUUACAAUUCUGAUGUAAUUGAUAAACAGAGUGCUUCCAUGACUUCUGAUAAUGCAGAUGACAAAGCUGUUAUUAUUCUAGUUCCUGUUAGACUUGGUGGAGAAAGAACCAACACCGACUACUUAGAAUUUGUGAAGGGUAUUUUAAGCCUGGAAUAUUGUGUGGGUAUUAUUGGUGGCAAACCUAAACAGUCAUAUUACUUUGCUGGAUUUCAAGAUGACAGUUUGAUUUACAUGGAUCCUCAUUACUGCCAAUCUUUUGUAGAUGUCAGCAUAAAGGAUUUCCCUCUUGAGACAUUCCACUGCCCUUCUCCCAAAAAGAUGUCGUUUCGAAAAAUGGAUCCCAGCUGUACAAUAGGAUUUUACUGUCGAAAUGUUCAGGACUUCGAACGAGCUUCUGAAGAAAUCACCAAGAUGCUGAAAUUUUCUUCUAAGGACAAAUAUCCCUUAUUUACUUUUGUAAAUGGUCAUUCCAGAGACUAUGAUUUUACAUCUACUACAACCAAUGAAGAAGACCUUUUUUCAGAGGAUGAAAAGAAACAAUUAAAAAGAUUUAGCACGGAAGAGUUUGUCUUGCUUUAAAGAUUAGCACAUUUGUGCUUGAUAAGAAGAAUUCCAUUGAAAGGGGAAAAAUGAAGAGAAACAAGCAUAUUCAAAAUGUUUAUUUUCACAAAUAUCUUAAUUUUAUAUGUUCUUUAAAAAAAGAACAUUUGAAAAUAUAAAAGUUUAAAGAUAUUUUUCUAAAAGAGAAAUGAUUUAAUGAAUCUUGCUUUCUAAUAAAUAAAUUGAGUGAUUCUGGUUGCAUUCCUAUUUCCCUAAGAUCUACUAGUGACAAUUCUACCUUAACUGUAAGCCUUUUAGUCUUCAAAGUCUUCCACCUGAGCCCAUUGUUCUCAUGGAGGUUUUGUGAUAUUAACCUUCCCCCAAAGACUGGGAUCACCAAAUAGUUUCAAAAUUCUCAGUUUGUACUAAUGACCAGAAGAUCAGAGAAGGAAACUUUAGUGCUGUCUAGCCUCCUGCUAUUAAUGCAAUCAAACAAUACUUUUGCAUAUGUCUUGAUAAUUAAAUAGUAUUUGUUAACUGUGAUAUGCAUACACUUAUAUAAGCAGAAUUAUGAGUUAAAGUAAUACUUAGCGAUGUGAUUUUAUAAUGGCUCCUCAUUAUGCUUGCUGUUGAACCUUUUAUGAGGAGUGAAUAUAAAGUAUUGGUUUUCCCUCACAAAUUUAAAAGUUAUGUUAUUAAUACUAUUAUAACUGCAUCCAAUCAAGUCAGAUAAAGGCAACUAUAAAAUAGUAGUAGUGUUUGUUUCCUAUCUCAAGGGUGAAAUUUUAUGGUAACUCAAUUUAUUAUGCAGUUUUUAAAUUUAAAGUACCAAGAAAGAUGUCACUAGAUUCUCUUCUAUGUGCUUUUUGUUUUUUAUAUAAAGCAAUGUAGUGGUGUUUAGAAGCUGAGGCCACCUGUGAGGCAAAUCUGCCUUAAGUGUAUUAUGUGUUACUUAAAGGCAAAUUUGUGAUCUAAAAGUACAAGAGUGAUUAUUGAGCUAGGAUUAUAAAAUACAUAAUAAAGAUGUGAGAAGAUAAAA